AUGGCUGGGCCGCCGGAGGGCGGCGAGGCGGCCGAGCGGCCGUGGCUGGACUGCCUGUGGAUCGUGCUGGCGCUGCUGGUGCUGCUGGGGGACGUGGGCACGGACCUGUGGCUGGCGCUGCACCACUACGGCCGGCGGGAUUACUUGUGGUGCGGCCUCACCCUGGCCUUCGUGCUCCUGCCCUCGGUGCUGGUGCAGAUCCUGAGCUUCCGCUGGUUCGUGCAGGACUACACGGGCGGCGGGCUGGGCGCCGUGCAGGGGCUCAGCAGCCGCGGGCCGCCCAUGAUGGGGGGAACCGCGGGCCGGCGCGGGGGACCCGCCGGCGGGGUAGGAGGAGUCGGCGGCACCGCCACCCCCGGGGCGCAGCGCCUCUGCAGGAUCUCCGUCUGGGUCUGGCAGACCGUCAUCCACCUGCUGCAGAUGGGGCAGGUCUGGAGCUUAAACCAAAGAGAACGGAGCGUUAAGGCAGAAUUUGGGUUAUUUUGACAUCACCUGAUUCCAUCAUAGACGGAGCUGUAGGACACCAGCGCUCUGGAAAACUUCCAACAAAAUGGUCUAAAAGGUUUUUAUGGGUGGUGAGAUGCUCCAGUACUUGGAUCAAUCCAUUUCAGUUAAUAUGGGAAGGAGUGGAUUUUUUUUUGUGCUGUUACUUGGUUGGGUUAUUUUAUAUUUCUGGAAUUAUACAUCAGCAGAGCUGAUCCACGUUUAGAAUCAGAUUUACGAAAUCACAGAAUGGUUUGGGUUGGAAGGGACCUUAAAACCCAUCUGCCAUGGGCAGGGACACCUUACACUAUCGCAGGUUGCUCCAAGCCCCAUCCAACCUGGCCUUGGACACUUCCAGGGAUGAAUGAGAUGAUUUUUAAGGUUCCUUCCAACCCAGUCCAUCCUGUGCUUCCCUGAUUUUAUCAAAGCUCAUCAGAAGUGACUCCAGUCUCAGGAUUUUUUAUKUGCACUGUUCUCCCUCAGCCACUGCUGCACCCUGUUACAGAGCAAGGCUUUAACUCCCAGCCUGCUGUGUCUCCCGAGUUCACACAUCUCYGCAGAAGAUUAAGCAAGUUAGAGAAAUUAGCUUUGAUCCCUUUCUGCCAGCAUAGGAUUAUUCUGCAUCGCACUGGGUUUGAAGUUCACGCCUAAUCCAGUUUUACACGUCCCGGGGGACCGGGCUCCGUCUGCGCCACGGCCCCGAGCUGCAGCCUCUGAUUUAGUGGCACUUCCYCGAUGCUGAGAUUCAAUUUGCAUUCCCAUUACUGCAUCCCAUUUCAUCCCAUGCCAUCCCAUAACUCCGCUGCUUCGUGGGAUCUGCCGUCCACAUCGUUACCCUCCCUCCUCGUGCUGGUUUGGGUGCUUGCUACACGUGAGCAAUGUGUGUUUAAACCACAGCCCUGGUGUACAGUUUUCAAGCUGUAGGAACAGAUUUAUGUGCAAAAAGCAUUUGGAGUGCCCAGACUGGAUCUUUGUGCACAGAAACAACUGGUGUGAAAUGAGAUCCCAAGAGCCACGGGUGCAAAACUGAUGCUGAUCACAGUCCUGUCCCUGUUAUCCAGAGAUUUAAUGCUCAGUCCUGAGGGUUUUUUUUAUUGCACUACAUUUUAUUUAUGAUAUUUGUAACCCCAUMAGUUUUCUUUCGAAUAAAUGUGUGUUUUCAGGCUUGAAAGGAAUCCUUGUCUGUAAUCCUUUGAAGUGCYUUUAUACAGGUAUUCAGCAUCCUGAACAUUUUUUCCUCACUCACACGCCGGCCAUGGGGGUAACAGAGCAGCAGAGCAUUCCAGCCAGGAGCUAUUUGAAGUCCCCAAAGGAUGCAUUUAAAAGUGACAGCGUGUUUUGCUGGACUGACAAAGACUUGGUUCAGCACCUGCAUCACUCCCAGAGACCUUUCAGGAAGURCCUUCUGGUGCAGAAAGCACUAGAUUGGUCAGAAAUGUGGUUUAUACAACUAAAAACGGGUUUAGAGGUAAAAGAUACAAUUCCAAGUUCUUGAGGGUGGCUGUAUUUCAGUGGGAAGCCUGAGAGAUCCUAGAAUGGAAUUCCCCUCUCUGUUCCAGCCCUGUGCCCACCUUUCGUACACACCUUGUAAUAGCAUUUCGUUUCUCUUAAAGAAAAAUGCAGCAUUCGUAGAAGGGAAAGAGUUUUUAAAACUCCUGUGGCCUGGAUGGCAGAGGAUAUCCCUGGUUUUCCAUGCUGAGUUCCUUGGAUAGCCCCAGCUCCUGCUGUUUUCUUCACUGGCAGCAGCUCACUCAGAACCCAAAUCCAUCCCAGUGAUAUWUAAUCACAGAAUGGUUUGCAUUGGAAGGGACCUUAAAAUCAUCUCAUUCCACCCCUUGCCAUGGACAAGGAACCAUCCUCCUCCCCCAAAGCUGUCCUUGGCAGGAAAGCACCAUUAAUCCUGAUGGGAACCAGCAUUUUCAGGGAUUUUACAUCACCCCUGCAGCAAAGGUGUGUUCAGAAUUGUCCUCCCCCAUCCUAACAAGA